UAAUGCAAUUGCCGGAUGAUGCCGAGGUGAGUGAUGAGAUCUGGGAUGAAGUGAUUGAGGGCAUGAAGGUCCGGGUUCAGGAUAAGAUCCAUGCGAUUCGAGUUUUUGCUGUUCGUGCAGUGUCACGUUUUGCGAUCGAUGAAGAUGAUGGCGGCAUCAUCGAUAUCUUUCUUGAGGCCCUAGAGAAAGAACAAAACGCUGAGGUCCGGAAGAUGAUUAUUCUGUCUCUGCCGGCAUCAAAUGCUACGCUGGAGGCAAUCAUCGAAUCAACGAUGGACGUGAAUGAAUCAGUUCGGAGAGCGGCAUAUUCUGUGCUCUCAACCAAAUUUCCCCUGCAAAGUCUUAGCAUCAAGCAGAGGACAACUCUCCUCCACAGAGGUCUCUCAGACAGGUCUGUGCCUGUGAACGAUGAAUGCUUGAAGAUGCUCAAGGAUGAGUGGCUUGUCAAGCAUUGUGCUGGAGAUGUCAUCGCCCUUCUCAGGUUGCUUGAUGUCGAGACUUAUGAGUCCGUUGGAGAAUCUGUCAUGGGGGUGCUCCUCAAGGAUGGUGCUGUUCGAGUGCAAGAUGGGCAUACUAUCAGGCACUACUUUACUACAAAUCCUGAGGCUGAUGAACAAGUUUCCAGUAUUAAGCUCAUGGAUGCUGAGGUUGCUCUUUACUGGAAGGUCAUGUGCAGGCAUUUGCAGGCAGAAGCUCAGGUCAAAGGCUCAGAGGCUGCAACAACUACAGGAACCGAGGCAGCAGUAUAUGCUUCUGAGGCAUCGGAUACAAAUGAUCUUCUUGAGGGUGUCCUGCCCAGCACAGUUGCUGAGUAUGUUGAUUUGGUAAAAGCUCACCUUUCAGCUGGACCAAAUUAUCACUUUGCGUCACGGCAACUGUUAUUGCUCGGUGGAAUGCUUGACUUCUCUGAUAGCAUGAACAGAAAAGUUGCAGGUUCAUUUCUGUAUGAGCUUCUAAUCAGACCUCUUGAACAUGAAGUUGAUGAAGAUGGCAACCAGAUCGCCAUUGGAGAUGGUGUGAGUCUUGGAGGGGACCGUGAGUGGGCGAAAGCAGUCUCAGAAUUGGCUAAAAAGGUCCAUGCAUCUGUCGGUGAAUUCGAAAUGGUGACUGCCAUUGUCGUUGAAGAAUUGGCUAGACCAUGCAGGGAGAGAACUGCUGAUUUCAUGCAAUGGAUGCACUGUCUGGCGGUGACAGGUCUUCUUCUGGAGAAUACUUCAACGUUACGAAGCCUGGAAGGCAAAGCAAUUGAACCCCCCGAACUGCUUCAGUCUUUGUUGCUUCCUGCAGCAAAGCAGAAUCAUGUUGAUGUGCAAAGGGCUGCUUUAAGAUGCCUUUGUCUUUUUGGCUUGUUACAGAAUAAACCAGGUACAGAGUUGGUGAAGCAGUUGCGUUUAUCAUUCAUCAAUGGACCAGACCUGGUUAGUGCCAUGGCAUCCAAGGCCUUGAUUGAUCUUCUGACUUGGCAUGGUCCACAAGUAUUAGAUCAAGCUAUUGGCAUUGAACAAGAUGCUAAUGACGGGAAGACUCAGUUUGCUCCUGUGGACAUCUCUGAUUUGAAUGAUGAUGAUCUAAAUGUUGGAGUUCUUAGUAUUCUAUUUUCUGGAUUUCAUAAAGAUGACUGGGAAUUCAGCCUAGAGGGUGAUAAUCACGAUAAUGUCCCAACCAUUCUUGGUGAAGGUUUUGCAAAAGUUCUUCUUCUGAGUGAGAACUAUGCAAGUAUAUCCUCAGACCUGCAUCCUGUUAUCCUAGCUCAACUUGUGAGAUUAUAUUUCUUGGAGGGAACGAAAGAACUCGGAAGAUUGAAACAGUGUCUGUCCGUCUUCUUUCUGCAUUAUCCAUCCCUUUCAGAGAAGCACAAGAGGUGUGUCUCUAGUGCAUUUGUGCCACUCAUGAGAGCCAUGUGGCCAGGUAUAUACGGUAAUGCCGGGGGUAGUGGACCUGUUGUUUCGAAAAGGCGUAAGUAUGCAGGACAAGCUGCUCGUUUUAUGGUUCAAAUGGUACAAACUCCAUUAUUUUCGAUGGAGAGUACAGACCAGGCUACUAUGAGUCCUGAAAGCCUUCCGAGUUCACCAAGUCCGUCCGUCGACUUUGACAUUAGCGAGGAAGGGCUUGCCAUCCGUAUUGCAGUGGAGGUAGCAAAUUGCCAAGAGAAGAAGAGCGCACCUGGGAAAGCAUAUGCAGUAGCUCUGUGCAAGGUUGCCGUGCUUCUAAGAUUCAGGCAAUCAGAACAGAAGGCCAUCAAGUGCAUGAGAGGAUUGGUAAGCACAUUGGCUGCUUCAACGUCUUCUGAUAAGGAGCUUGUGAAGGAGCUCGCUCAAAUGGCAUCCAGGCUCAAGUCACUUGAUGAGUGCCCAGAAGAAGAAUUGCCACAAGAUCAAGCUGACGCCAUAUUCGAAAAACUAGGACUGGAUGGUGGCAUCAAGUUGGACGCUAAUCGAGUGGUGCCUCCAACACCAGCACCACGGUCAGUCCGGGCUGCUCCCACCAGGAGAAGAGCUAGACGGGCUCCAUCGUCUAGCGAUGACAGCGAAGCAGAAGCGGAAGCCGAAGCAGAGAGCUUGAACAUAACAUCAGUGAGUAGGGUUCCAGCCACUCCUAGCAUGACCGCCGCACGUGCUCAGAGGGCAAGCAAGACCGCGGCACUCAGUAAGUUUACUGCUGCGGCUCCUUCUGACAGCGAACAAGACGAGCAGUCUGAUGUGACAACUGACGAGGAUCCCUCUGACGAGGAUUCUUCUUGAGUUUCUGGCGAACUGAGUGAUCUCCUGGCGUUCUUGAAUGG